GACGUCAUCUAUGAGCUCCUGGCAUGCGUACGGGAGGCUGUGGUUGUUGCGCGCGCCUUAUAGGAAACUGAUGGUGAGUGAUGAUCUGCUGAGGGAUGCCCAAAAAGUUCCAGGGCGAGAACAGCAAGUCAGCCACAGCCCGUGCCCGUAAGGCCGAGGCAAAGGCUGUGGCGGAUGCAAAACGCAAACAGGAUCUGGAAGACGCAUUCUGGAAAGAGGAUGACAAACAUGUUCUACGCAAGGAACAGAGGAAGGAGGAGAAGGAGAAGCGUCGCUUGGAGCAACUGGAAAGAAAAAAGGAAGCCCAGCGCUUGCUAGAAGAAGAGGAUGCCAAGGUCAAGGGAAAGCCACAAAAAUCAGAACCUUCCAAAGUAACUCGAGCACAAAUAGAAGAAACUUUACGCAAAGAAGGGGAGCAUAAGAGCACUGUCGAAAACCCCAAAACUCACCUACAAAUGCCUUUGGAAGAAAACCUGAACCGUCGUGUCCUAGAGGAAGGGGAAGUGGAGGCACGCACGGUAGAGGAUGCCAUUGCAGCACUAAGUGUAAGUAAAGAGCUUGACAGACAUCCAGAGCGCCGGAUGAAAGCUGCUUUCGCUGCCUACGAGGAGAUCAGUCUGCCACGGCUUAAGCAAGAGAACCCAAAUAUGCGUCUUUCCCAGCUUAAACAACUUCUUAAAAAGGAAUGGAUGAAGUCUCCAGAGAAUCCGAUGAAUCAGCAACACAAUGCCUACAAUGCAGUCUAACAACCCACAUAUCUUCAAUUCACUAAAAUAGUCAUUUUCCCGUGACUUUAAACAGGACAGAGGGGCUGGAAACACUCCUAGGAAAACUGUAAUGUACUGGUGUUCAUGAGUGGACACUUUUUUUUUUUUUUUUUUUUUU